AAUCACGCCAAAAAAAUGUGUUCAAAACAGUUGUGUUUUAGUCUAGUUACAUGUUAAAAUGUACUAAUAAAUAAAUCAGGAAUGAUGAACGUGUCCGUGAAGAGUCUCCGCGGUGUGAGCAGAACAUGGCGGAGUUUUUCCUCCAGGCAGGGAAUGAAUGUGUUUGACAGGAGCAUGAAGCGCAGGCAGAAGGAUUGGGCUUCAUCUUUACUGGACAGCAGCAAAUACGAUUACCUUCGAGAAGAGGUGGGCAGCAGAGUGGCGGACAGAGUUUACGAUGUCGCAAGGACUUUCCCUCUGGCUCUGGAUGUAGGAUGUGGAAGGAGCCACAUCGCAGAGCAUUUGAGUAAGGAGGUUGUCGAACGUCUCUUUCUAACAGACAUUUCAAGCUCGUCCCUGAGGAACAGGAAGAAAAGUGAUAUUCCCGCUCAGUGUGUGAUGGCAGACGAGGAGUUCCUGCCCUUUAAAGAAAACACAUUUGACCUAGUGCUCAGCAGCCUGAGUAUGCACUGGAUCAACGACCUUCCCGGAGCCCUGCGACAGAUUCACCAGGUGUUGAAGCCGGAUGGUGUGUUCAUCGGAGCGAUGGUCGGCGGUGAGACGCUGUACGAGCUGCGCUGUUCUCUGCAGUUGGCGGAGCUGGAGAGGGAGGGCGGGUUUGCGCCACACAUCUCACCGUAUACUGCCGUCACUGACCUGGGCAACCUGCUGGGACAGGCCGGAUUCAACAUGCUCACUGUGGACAUUGAUGAAGUUCAGGUCAAUUAUCCUGGUAUGCUGGAGGUCAUGAGGGAUUUACAAGGUAUGGGUGAGAGCAACUGCGCAUGGAAUAGAAAGUUACUCCUGCAAAGAGACACGAUGUUGGCGGCGGCGGCUAUUUAUAAAGAGAUGUACGGCAAUGAAGACGGUUCAGUUCCUGCCACCUUUCAGAUCCUCUACAUGAUUGGCUGGAAGCCUCACGACUCUCAGGCCAAACCAGCAAAACGAGGCUCGGCGAACGUCUCAUUUGCAGAUCUGUCGAAAAUAGGCAAACUUCAGAGCGACCAGUAGAAAAACCACCACAAAUCCUGAAACAGAAGCACAUUUUUAUUCAUCACGUCCACUUCUGAAGGAGCUGCGUUAAUCAUAUGAACAUGAUCACAUUGAAAUGUCGCAUCAACAAAACUGUAUUUUUGCAAAUAAAUAAACUGUGAAUUCA